GUUUUUCGUCUCAGCCAAUCAACUGAAGCGACGACGGCAGCGCGUUUUGUUUAGAUCUCAAUGCAGUGAAUGCUAGGCUAACUGAAAACAACAAAACAGGCGUUUUCUGCACAAAACUGCAGUUUUGAAUAUGCUGAUGAGCAGAUAUUCACCAGUAUAGAAAUAUCUCGUCAAUUACCCACCGAAAAGCAGCGGAGAGCUAAACAAUUGUGAUAGAGUUGACGUUUGUUCCUUGACAACCUGUUGAAUACAUGAAAUGAAGCCAAAUCACUUGAGUGUAAGGUAAUGUUAGGGCUCUUCAUAACAAUCACUAAUGUUCAAAGACAACAAGGGGCUGGUAGACGAUGUUGUUUCCUUGAGAAAUCAGCUGCGAUUAACAGAGAAAAACCUGCAGUCACUGGGGGAACAACUGAGUCAAUCAGGAAAUGAUAUCACUGGUGAGGAUAAUAACAGUAGUGCUGUGGACGGAUUCCCAGGUCGUCUUACUUUAGAAGACCUUCAGAGUCCUGAUCCUGGUCAACCAAGAGGAGCAUAUUCACACCCUGAGCAGAGGCCGUGUGCAUGUGUAUCCAUUAGUGACUGCAGGUCAGAUAGAGACAUGGAGACCGAGAUGUCUGUACUCCGGAGGAAGCUUAACACCAUCAGGCAGGAAAACACUUCUCUGGCCAUGGAGAACAGGCAGCUCAUCAGUGACAUAGAAGCUUCUCAGCUUGAGUUAGUCAGCUCAAAGUCCAAGAUGCGUCUGCUGGGAUCCACUUUGGGAGCCAGGACCUCCAGUGUGUCUCACAUGAAUGAGCAGAUUCUGGGUCUUGAGGCAGAACUAGAAACCCAGACCAAAGCUUUAGAGGCUGCAGAGCAGAAGUUGGAAGAAAGUGAACAGACAGUGAUGCAGAGUAACCGGCUGGUGGAGAAGCUCAGAGAUGAGCUGAGAGUUGUUAAAGCGGAGUUAGCUGAAAGAACACGACUGGGAAAACGUGCUGAGCAGCAAAGAAACCAAGCACUUCGAAAUGCAGAGAAGCUCACAGUGACCUUUAAAGAAUACAAAGAGGAUGUUUCUGAAAAACUCAGGAAGGUGUUGGCGAAUGAGGGCCAGCUGAAAGUCAGCCUGAUGGAGUGUGACAGGGAGAGAGAGGAGCUAGAGAGGAAGUGUGCUGAGCUGGAGAGAGAGAAGGAUGGUCUACGUCACAACAUCUGUGAGCUGAAGGAGGUUCACAGCCGCUCUGAGUCUCUGUCCACUGAGCAUGUGCAGCUGCAGUCUCAGGUUCAGCAGCUCUCAGAUCAGCUGAAACAGCUACAGAGGGAGCUAGCAGAGAAAGAGGCUCAGCUGCAGCAGAUGGCAGGGCUGAGGAAAGAGAACGAGGACCUGCGGCUCCUCACGGCAUGUCAGGAGCAGAGGGUCGCUCAUGCCCACAGAGAGAAAGAACAGGACAGAGCCGAGCUGACCAGCCUAGAGAGCAUAUUGGACUUGCUACAUCUGAGAGAGAAUCGAGAGGGGGCACUGUGUGUGAACCCUUGUUUGCUGCCUGACUUGUCUUACACAAGCACCACUGAAUUUCUCAAACACAAACCUGGUGAACGUUAUCAGAAACUGUUGGCGGUGCUUCAGACGGUUGAGAGGGAGAAGACCCGGCAUGCCAGUGCCGCACAGGGCCUACAAGAGAGACUGACUAGAGCCCAGGAGGAGAUUUCCUCACUGCAGACCUCCAUCACAGAGAGAUCCUCUCACUACCGGCAGGUCCACAACCAGCUACUGGACAAGGCUACACAGGCCACCUCCUUAGAGAAAGAGCUAAAAAAGAAGAGUUUGCGUGUGACUGUCCUGGAGAAACAGCUGCAGGAGAAGAGUGCUGCUUAUUCACAGGCUGUAAUGAAGACCAGCCAGCUUGAACAAGACCUUCUGGAAAAGGCCAGCAGUAUUCAGCACUACCAGUCGGUCUUGAACAAGAAACAGAGGGAGUAUCAGCAGACUAUAGAGAAAGUCAAAACGACACAGUCACACAAAUGCAAAGAAAUGGAGGACAGAAUUGAGGUGCUACAGUUGUCUCUGGCUCAGAAACAGACUGAACUUGAGGAACUAGAAGAAAAUAUGACUGAUCUUCACACAGAGAAGCAGCAGUCACAGCAGAGAGCUGAUCUUCUACAGGCUGUUGUAGAUAAGCUCACUGAGGAUUUUGAGGCAAAAUCUAAAUGCAGUGAAGAGGCACUUAGAAAUGUUGAAGAGCAAGCUGCUGACUCUGCUUCAGUGGUUAGGAACCUGCAGACUGAACUGUCCUCCUUUAAAGAGGAGCGGAGUCAUUACCUCCAGCAGAUGGAGGAGGUAAAGAAACAACAUGAUAGACAACUGGAGCUGAAGAACAGUGAGCUGUCACAGCUGCAGGAAGAGCUGAAGAGGAAAUGCAUGGCUUAUCAGAGCUCCAGUGAGGAGAACCUGCAGCUUCAGCACUCUAUCCAGAACCAGCACACCAUGUUGCAGGAGAGCACAUUACGCAUCGCACAGCUGGAGGAAAGCCAGAGUCAGCUGCAGAGCCAGGUGUCCCAGUUAGAGCAAGAUUUGGAGAAGGAGCGCACUGCCUUAUCUCAGGCUCUGAGGAAAAGGGAGAGAGAGGUGGAGGAGGCCACUCAGGAGGUGCAGAAGAAGGAGAGGCAGGCCGCAGAGCUCUCUGGCUCCAUAACGCAGCUGAGUUCAGAGAUGAGUAAGUGUCGAGUGGAGCUGUCAGACAUGGAGCUGGAGCUGCUGCGUUUGAGGAGAGACAGCAACACAAAAGCCUCUCAGCUUAAUCAGAUGGAGGAGUCACUCAAGGAGACCAAAGGCCUGCUGGAUAAGAAGAGUGAAAUUGUUGUGGACCUUGAAGAGAAGCUCCAUCGCAGUGAGAUGGACAGGAGGAACUCACUGCAGCGGGCUCAGUUGCUGGAGGGACAGUUGCAGGAGGUGCGCGGAGAGCUUGCAGAUACCCUGGACCACCUGCAGGAGCUCAGAGACCUGCUGCAGAGGACACAGCUGACUUCAGACCAACAGCAAGCAACAAUCGAUAAAAUAGCUGCUGAGCUCAGAGAGAGUCAGAGGGAGCUGGAGGAGAGGAACCAUGAGGUGCUGGAUCUGGACAGUGCUCUGAAAGAAAGGCAGGGGGAGCUACAGCAGAGAGCGCAGCUGUUGGGACAGCUGGACGUGGCCAUUAAAGAGCAUAAACUGGAGAUGGAGAAGAAUGUGGAGUAUUUACAGGGAGCUCUGGAGAAGAGCCAGAAAGAGCUUCGAGAGAAGGACCAGCAGAUGCAGUUCUUGAUGGAGAGGAUGGAGAUGCUGAAGUCACAGAUUCAGGUUAAGGAGGACCUGGAGAUGGAUGCUCUUGAACAUGGCCAGCAGCUGCGUGUGUAUCGUGAGCAGCUCCAGAAGACUGUGCAGGAGCUACAGGAAGCACAUACACGCUGUGAAUCUCUAAAUAGACAGAUGAAUGAAGUCACCCAGCAGGCACUUCAGAAGGAGAAAGAAGUUCAUAAGCUGCGAGAAGAGAUGUCUGUGAUGGAGAAGCACUCUACACAGGCAGAGGUCAGACUCCAGGCCACCAUUACUUCCCUGCAGCAGGAGCUUGAGCAGCAGAGAGAGGAGCACCACAGAGAGCUUUCAGCUCUCCAGCAGACGCGUGGGCAGCUGCUGAAGGUGUCCGAUCAGAUUUCCAGCAGCUUGCGUAACUCUCAGGAGCAGCUGAGCCAGCGGCUGCAACAGGCCCGAGACCAGCUUGAAGAGGCUAGAUCUACCUCUGCUCGCCUACACGCUGAGCUUCACAGCAAAGAACAGCUCCUACAGAAUGCUAAUGAGACCCUGCUUAUCAAGGAGUCAGAGAUCACCCGUCUUCAAGCCAAGCUCUCAAGCUUCGAAAGAGCCACAGAUCUACACAACAUCACACUUCGUCACAAACCCAGCACUCCUCCACCCCCCUCUCCUCCUCUCAAAGACUCUAUUCUUCACGGCUCCCCAUCCCCCUCUCACAAAAACACUUCAGCACGUUCCAGCAUCUCCUCCUGGCAGAACACCUUCUCUGACACAUCUGUGGAGCUUUCAGACAGUUUGAAAGCCAGUGUACAGGCUGCAAUGCUGCUGCCCCCCUCCCCAGACCAGACCUGGCAGGGUCUGAGCACCCAUGAGGCCACCUCCACUACAGACAUGUCCUUUAAUCCUCUCACAUACAUGCUGGACCAAGAGCAACCAGAAGAACCAGAUUUAGACUCUCUGUCAGGUAUGCUGAGGUUUGUUAACCAGACUCUGGCGCUCCAAGAGCAGCAAUCCCUCUGUGACACCAGCACCCACAAAACAGGAACAUGAUGAGGUGCAACCGUACUGUGUCUGUCCUGACCCAUCAACUAAAGAUAUUCCUGAAGUCAGAGGAACAAAACCUGCUGCGGAUUCAUUAAUUUUGCCCCGAGCUACUAGAUGAUUUUUGUAUGAAGGCUAAAGGUUACAUGUAACCAACUGAACGUUGUGAAUCAGUUUGGUAGAGCUGUUUGAGUUCGUCCAGUAGUAUGAUCAAACAUGUCCCAACUGAUUUUGAAAUAUCCUUUUCAGUGGUGUUUUUGUAUUUAGGUAUAUAUUUUUGUUUUACAUUUUAUGAUACUAAUUUAUAUGAUUUCUAAUGUGUAUGAUUGAUUGAUUCUUAAUAAAUCUUUAGAUAUUCAGAAACCUCUUUUUGCUUUCAUGGCAAACUGUCACAUUAAAUUAGUUUUUCUGAAUCAUCUUGUUUCAGUCUAACACCAAAGUCCACUAUAUAGCAGGUUAAUAAGAAGUGUGCCAUAGUUUAAAUUAAGUAAAUAUGUCUAGGUGUGUAAUUUAACAUGACUUUCGGAGGAAGUCAAUAGCUUUAUUCCCAUUGUGCUGAUGCAAUAGUUAAACAAAAACUUGUUAACAUGUUCCAAAUGUUAAGUAUAUACAAAAGCAUGGUAAAAGAUAUAAAUACAACAGAAAACACUAGCAAAGCAUCGCUGCUUCUGUUUUCUCUCCUUAUGCUGAUUUGCAUGCAUGAAAGAGGCUUUGGUUUGCAGUGAAGAGGAUGUGGUCAAAGAUUGGUGAUUUAUAGCAGCAGUCUCACGCUAUGUGCACGUACUGAGAACUCUGGAAACCCUAUAGUUAAUUUCUUUAAAUGUAUUGACUAAACAUAGCUAUUAAGAAGAUUAAAACAUUAUUUAAACCAUGCACUUUAAAUGCCUGUAUGAUGUGGAGCUAGUAGAAGUGAAGGAUGUGAGUUGGUGCUUCUGUCUGCAUUAAACGCUGAUCUGUGUCGCGUGUGGCUUUUAGAGCUCUGUGGUGUUAAGGGCAGAAACCAUGCUGUUUCAGUCCUUUCAAAGCGGGAACGUCUGGUUUUUUGGCACACGACUCUCAUGAAAAAGAACAGUACGUAAUUACAUUGAAUGUCUACUUGUAGCAUACUUUUUUGAAACCGUACCUGCAGAUAAUUUAAUAAAGAAAUUAAAGGCCGCCUAAGUGUACAAGCUCAAGACUUGCUUUAAAGAAAUGCAGUAGGUUACGGAUAACUGUUAAGUCUCUGAAAACAUUUGCAAAUGCUUAGACUAGAGUAUGCUGAUUUAAAUUUUCAUGAUUGUCCGACGUAGCGCCAAGGUUUGAAAUGCUCCACCCUUUCAACCAUCUCUCUGUUAAUGAAAAUAUUGUAAGGGUGGAUGUGUACAUACUAAAGCAUAUGUAAGCUACUUGAUUAUAAUUUAACUGUAGUGUGUUAUUCAGUAUUGUGUUUUUAACAAUGUGAUCUGAUAUUUUUACAGUAUGUCAGAAAACAAAUGUAGAAAAGUUUACUUUGUGCACCACGUUUUAUCAUCUUGUACACUUCCUCCUUUUCCUUUUUUAAUUUUUUUUUUUUACAUAGACCUUACAAUGUAACAAUUACAACAGAAUUUUUACGCUCUCAAUUGCACAUCUUCCACGUGAGUGCAGCAUCUUCUUGCUGGAGCAUUUGCAAUAACUACUAGGCAAAAGCCUGACCAUCUCAUGGGCUUUCAUUUUGGAAAUCUCCUCUCUGCAGCCUUUUGCUCUUUGUUAAUUUGACCUUUACAAUGGAGAAGUCUCCAAUGGCAACUAUGGCAACAGUUUCCACGAGACCAUAAAGGUCUCUAGUGAUUCCCUCUCAUUGUUUGAUUAUUGACAUUGCCACAGCCCCUUUAUCUUAAAUGCAUACUUCUGUCACCCACCUUUUUGGGGCAGAUGUCCACAGCUGCCACUCUCAUAGGCUGAGGAGUCACAGUUAUUCCAGCACUGCAGAGGAGUUUAAUUCCGGAAAUCAAAGAGCUUUGUGGCUCACCAUCUGUCCGCUGAUUAUUUAACUUGCUAGUUCGGCUUUAACAUAAGCUCUCCAUCAGCUCUCCUUGCAGAGAGUUUAAAAAAAGGAUUAGGAUCUGGUAAAUAUUACAAAAUGAUUAUAAGACGAAACAAA